GAUAGCUAAUUUAGCUACUGACCAUGCUGGCCAUUUUACAAAAUUGGAUUAAAUCACUGAAAAGUAGCGAAUGGCUUUCUCUUAUAGAAUGUCUGAACAAAAACAAAUUCCUGAGCCCAUUUUGCAGAGUUCAUUUGAUGACUUAUUCUCUUCUAACUGGUCUGGAUUACAGACAGAACUGACAUCAGGUGAAAUGAAAGAGACUGGUGAGGAACAUGGAACUAAACCACGCUGGGCAGCUCUCUUGAUAUUCAUGGUGAUAAUACCUACAAUUGGUGGAAACAUCCUUGUUAUUCUGGCUGUUUCACUCGAGAAAAGGCUUCAGUAUGCUACCAAUUAUUUUCUAAUGUCCUUGGCAGUGGCUGAUUUACUGGUUGGGUUGUUUGUGAUGCCGAUUGCCCUCAUGACUAUAAUGUUUGAAGUGAUGUGGCCCCUUCCACUUGUUCUGUGUCCUACCUGGUUAUUUCUUGAUGUUCUUUUUUCUACUGCAUCCAUCAUGCAUCUUUGUGCCAUUUCCGUGGAUCGAUACAUAGCCAUCAAAAAGCCAAUCCAAGCUAAUCAAUGUAACUCACGAGCUAAAGCCCUCAUCAAGAUUACAGUGGUGUGGUUAAUUUCAAUAGGAAUUGCCAUUCCAGUCCCUAUUACAGGAAUAGAAGAGAACAUAGAAAACCCCAAUAAUAUCACUUGUAGGAUGACCAAGGAUCGUUUCGGCAAUUUCAUGCUCUUUGGUUCACUGGCUUCCUUCUUUACACCUCUGGCGAUCAUGAUUGUCACCUAUUUCCUCACUAUCCGUGCUUUACAGAAGAAAGCUUACUUGAUAAAAAGUAAAACCUCUCAACGACUAACAUGGCUGACUGUGUCCACAGUUUUUCAAAAGGAUGAAAAAUUUUGUUCAUCACCUGAAAAGGUGGCUAUAUUGGAUGGUUCUUGCAAAAACAAAACUCUGCCCAAUUCAAGUGAUGAUACAUUUAUGCGAAGAAUGUCUACAGUUGGAAAAAAGUCAGCGCAGACAAUUUCUAACGAACAAAGAGCAUCUAAAGUUCUGGGGAUUGUGUUUUUCCUCUUCUUGCUUAUGUGGUGUCCUUUUUUUAUUACAAAUAUAACUUCAACUUUAUGUGAUUCCUGUAACCAGACUACUCUAGAAAUGCUUCUGGAGGUAUUUGUGUGGAUAGGUUAUGUUUCCUCAGGAGUGAAUCCUUUGGUCUACACCCUCUUCAACAAGACAUUUCGGGAUGCAUUUGGCCGGUAUAUCACCUGCAAUUAUCAGACUACAAAAUCAGCAAAAACUCUCAGAAAAGGAUCUAGUAAUAUCUACUUUCAGAAUUCAAUAGCAGAGAACUCUAUUUUCAUGAAACAUGGAAUGAGAAAUGGGAUCAAUCCUGCCGUGUACCAGAGCCCAGUGAGGCUCCGAAAUUCAGAAAUUCAGUCUUCAUCAAUCAUUCUAUUAGAUACAAUUCUCCUAACUGAAAAUGAAGGUGACAAAACUGAAGAGCAAGUCAGUUACGUAUAACUGAAAAAACUAAUUUUCAUCUAACAUGAGGAUUACAAAUGUAUUGAGUAUAACAUAAAGAACUUUAAGUCACUGGACCAAAU